UCCUGUUCAACAUUUCACCCCGUUUCCAUGAGCUCUGUUUUGUUUGGUGUGGGUGUGCCUUGUGAGGCAGGAAAUUCCUGCCUGCAGCCGUAUAAUCAUAAUCGUUCACCCGCUCCCCGUCGUUUGAGCCGUCUUAUCACUGUUUUGUUGCACUUCGGAACUCGAUCCUUCGUACUUCCGAACUCAAUCACUAACUUAAUAGUGAAUCAUGGCUCGUACUAAGCAGACAGCACGUAAAUCAACAGGUGGUAAAGCCCCCAGGAAGCAGCUGGCCACCAAAGCCGCAAGGAAGAGUGCCCCAUCAACCGGAGGUGUCAAGAAGCCUCAUCGCUACAGGCCUGGAACAGUAGCUCUCCGUGAAAUCAGGAGAUACCAGAAAAGUACUGAAUUGCUCAUCCGCAAGUUACCUUUCCAACGGCUGGUUCGUGAAAUUGCCCAAGAUUUCAAAACUGACUUGAGGUUCCAAAGUGCUGCCAUUGGUGCCCUGCAAGAAGCAAGUGAGGCCUAUUUAGUUGGUCUUUUUGAAGACACCAACUUGUGCGCCAUCCAUGCUAAGCGCGUCACCAUUAUGCCCAAAGACAUCCAACUUGCUAGACGGAUCCGAGGGGAGCGUGCAUAAGCAUUCCGCAUUAAGCCCUUUAAUGCUAUGAUUUAUCUUUUACCUCUUUGUCAUGUCUUUCUGGUGAAUGUGAAUAAUCUCUCCUAUUUAAAUGGGCGGCAGGACCAAACCAUGUCUAUUUUGACCCUCACUACAUGACUGCCAAUACUCCUCCCCUACCCUGAGACUGGAGCAUGAUUGUUCUGAUCUCUAAACUUCACCGCAAAUUCAAGUAAUUCAAUUAUAAGCGAAAUCUCUGAGUAAGAAACAACAUACUGAAAUUUUUAAAUCCCUUGACCUGAACAUUUUAAUUUACAAAUAGUUGUAUGUGUCUGCGAGGAGAAAGCUCAUUUCUA